GUUUCGAUCGGCGUCGAUCCCUAUCCAGACAAGCCCCCAUCACACACCAUUCUAUACAUCGCCUUGCGUCGAAGUUGAGUCUUACGCGCUGCAUACAUUCUCAGCUUCUACCCGGCUUGCAUUGCGCAUAUGGAUGGGACUGGUUCGCAAAGUGGUGCGCUCGCGCCUCCAGUGCGGUUCGGUUCAAAAUAGAAUCGGUGAUAAUAAAAUGUGAUUAUGUGUGCGCGUCACCAUCGCCAUCGGACACAACGCAGUGGACAACAUACUCUCAGUUUCAUUUGAACUCUCGUCCCGUUCCUACGCAAAUCGCGAGCAGGUAGCCACCGACUCGAUCCCCCGGUACGGGACUGCGAAAACAACUAUCAGUAUUCUUCCUCCUGUACGUAUCGCCCUCUUGACAACUGGAGGCUAUCCUGUGCUGUUUCGAACUCUGCUAAAGGAAGAAAGAUGCAUAGAAUAAUAAGCAGACAGUAUCACAGUACAAAAGGCGUAUUCGGGUUUAAGCCAAAGCCGGUCAAUACAUUCCAGUUGGACAAAAGCAUCCUCGAUGCCCGAGCACAGCAAAGUAAGGCCUACCGAUGGAUUGAGUCUUUCCGCAAUCAUGCCCAUCGAGUGGCCUCGAUCAACCCCGUUUCCUUCCAGGAGCCUACGGGUACCGAUAAGCACCUGUUGGACUACUCACAGUUCGGACUUUCUCGCUAUGACAGCGUCGAUUUACCCGGAGUUGUUAAUUCAGUCUCAGUAUCCGCAUUAACAGUUGAACAGCUAGAACAACUGCUUAAGCAAAUCUACUGCGGUACUUGCAGCAUUGAGUUAGCUUAUAUCGAGAACGAACACGAACGCGAAUGGCUAACGGAAAAUUACGAACAGUUGUUUCAAACUACCCUGAACACCUCGGAUAAGAAAGAAAUUGCCGAACUUCUUCUCAAAUCUCAAGCGUUCGACAAUUUCCUAGCCACCAAAUUCCCAACUGUUAAGCGUUACGGUGGCGAAGGAGCGGAAAGUAUUAUGGCCUUCUAUCGGCAAUUGUUCCUCAGUGCAGCAGAAGCUGACCUGAGCAACAUCGUCAUUGGAAUGCCGCACCGAGGAAAACUGAACGUGCUGACCACACUUUUCCAGACUAGACCGGUAAAGAUAUUUCGUAAGUUCAAAGGACUGCCAGAGUUCCCGGCGAAUGCGAAAGCCAUGUGCGACAUUGCUAGCCACUUUCAUACCUCAACGGACUUAAACAUCAACGGCAAAACUAUCCACCUGAAUAUGCUUCACAACCCAUCGCACCUUGAAGCGGUAAAUCCCGUCUCAAUGGGUAAGGCUCGUGCCAAGCAACUGACCCUCCAGGACGGUCCCUACCAGUUGAAUCCAACCAACUCCUCAAAAGUCCUAAACAUUCAGCUGCAUGGCGAUGCCGCGUUUGUCGGCCAAGGUAUCAACCAGGAGUGUCUUAUGAUGGCCGAAGUUCCUCACUUCGACGUCGGAGGAUCGAUCCAUAUGAUCGUCAACAACCAGGUCGGGUUCACUACCCCGGGCGACCGCGGUCGCGGUACUCGCUAUGCAUCCGAUCUGGCCAAAAGUAUCAUGGCUCCGGUAUUCCACGUGAAUGGCGAUGACCCCGAAGCACUAACAAAGAUCACCAAACUGGCCUUCGACUAUCAGCAAAAAUUCGGAAGAGAUGUCUUUAUCGAUCUGAACUGUUUCCGCCGCUGGGGACACAACGAACUGGAUGAUCCAACAUUCACCAGCCCCUUGCUGUAUAAAGUAAUUCACAACCGCGGCUCGGUCCCAGACCUCUACGCCAAUAAGUUAUUAGAAUCAGGAGAUCUCACCCAAAAUGACAUCGAUACCAUCGUCAAGGGUCACCACGAAUUUCUCAACGCUGAACUCCAAAGCGUCAACAGCUACCAACCCGAACAGAGCUAUUUCCAGGCCCAGUGGAGCGGUAUCCAACAGGCAGGAAACGAGAUCACAGUUUGGAAUACCGGAGUGGACUACAGUUUGCUGAACUACGUUGCGCAAACCAGCGUCGAGUAUCCGCCCGAUUUUGCCCUUCAUCCUCACCUGCAGAAGCACCAUGUAGCAGCUAGGCUUCGUAAAAUCAACGAAGGUAACCGGAUCGACUGGGCCACCGCCGAAGCCAUGGCCAUCGGAAGCCUCAUGUAUCAGGGAUGCAACGUACGAAUCAGUGGGGAGGACAUUGGCCGAGGUACAUUCUCCCAGCGGCACGCAAUGUUCAUCGACCAAAACACCAACGAAGUUUACAUCCCGCUGAACGAUCUUCAAGGCGGCGCUGGUGGAAAGCUGGAAUUGGCGAACAGUAUUCUGUCCGAAGAGGCGGUUCUUGGAUUUGAGUACGGUAUGGCAAUUGACAAUCCAAAUAACCUGGUCAUUUGGGAGGCUCAAUUCGGGGACUUCUUCAACGGAGCGCAGAUUAUAAUCGAUACAUUCCUAACAACCGGUGAAACUAAGUGGAUGGUGUGCAACGGUUUGGUGAUGCUUCUCCCGCACGGUUUCGAUGGGGCCGCAUCCGAACACAGCUCCUGUAGAAUGGAACGUUUCCUACAGAUGACCGACUCGAAGGAAUCCACACCGGAUGGCGACGACGUCAACUUCGAAGUGAUCAACCCAUCCACGCCAGCGCAGUAUUUCCACGCUCUGCGCCGUCAGCAAAUACGAAACUACCGAAAACCGCUGAUCGUGGUAGCGCCGAAGACGCUGCUCCGACUGUCGGAAUGCGUUUCGAGCCACGCCGAGUUUGCCCCAGGUACGUCAUUCCAAACGGUGAUCGGAGACGCAACGAUAGGCGAUCCGAAGAAGGUCAAACGGGUUAUCCUGUGCAGUGGAAAGCAUUAUUACAACCUGAACAAUGAGCGACUGGCCAGCAAGAACAGCGAAGUGGCGAUCGUGAGACUGGAAUCGCUAUGCCCCUUCCCGGUGCACCGAAUUCAGGAAGAGCUGGCCAAGUAUAACAAUUUACAGGAUGUCGUGUGGAGCCAAGAGGAGCAUCGCAAUAUGGGUGCAUGGACUUUCGUGCAACCCCGGUUCGAAAAUAUGUGUGGAAAGAGGAUCAAGUAUCGAGGACGCUACGAAGGAUCCACAAUUGCAGUAGGCGUCAGUUCAUGGCAUGCCCAGGAGGCAGAGCAAGUUAUUAAAACGGCAUUUCAGUGAAUGAACCUAUGUUAUCUAAGUGCUGUAAAUACAAAUUGAUUAUGAUACCGGAAAUGAAGUAUUUUUUUUAUUUCCUGCAUACUUGGCUGGCUUUAGCGCCGUAAUACUUAUGCGUGACUUAUUGCAGAGCUACAUAAGCGUCGGUUAUGGGCGAAGGUUCUGUCAAAGUUCAGGCAGGCAGCUAUGAUAAAGGAAGGAAAUUCCAAGCCAUCCAUGAAUCAGGAAGCAGCGAGCAACGACCCCACCAACUAAACAUCAGCCUUGUCGCGUGUGCAACGAGGAACAUCGCCACUACGAGUGCCCUACGUUAAACAAGGGAACACCAGUGUGUGGCCCUUAAUGGCCAGAACGAAAUUAUAUGACUUUGACUCCCCGUGGAUGCGUAUGCAUGCCCCCAAGAUCUGACUGGAAGAGGCAGAGUCAUAGCUUGCUGUUCGCCGAUUGACUCGUUGAGGAGUGAAUCUAUGAACACACGCUAAAGACAUUUUUCUCAAACCCCACAUUCCCCUUCUUCU